CAUAGAGGGAAAAACAUUCUAUAACAAAUGGCAAAGUCAAUACUAUUAUUACUCAUGCUUAUGGCUUCAUCGUAUUUUACAGCUAUAGCAAAUUCACAGGUUAAGAAUAUCUUCUUGCUAGCCGGACAGAGCAACAUGUCCGGCCAAGGAGGCGUUGUGAAGAACAAAUGGGACGGUAUCGUUCCGCCGGAGUGUAGCCCUAAUCCGGCCAUCCUCAAACUUGAUGCCAAUCUGCAAUGGGUAGAAGCAACAGAACCUUUACAUGCAGAUAUCGACGUGAAUGUUACUUGUGGAAUUGGUCCAGGUAUGCCCUUUGCAAAUUCUUUAUUGAAUAAGACGGCGUGUCUUGGACCAGUAGGGUUGGUCCCAUGUGCAUUGGCAGGGAAGAAAAUAAGUGAAUGGCAAAAGGGGACUUUCUUUUACAAUCAGCUGGUGACGAGAGCCACGGCUGCAAAAGUACUGCAAGAAGAAUAUUGUGGGGAGAUUAGAGCAAUGCUGUGGUAUCAAGGGGAGAGUGAUACCGUGAGAAUGAGUGAUGCUACUGCUUAUAAAGGAAGAAUGCAGAAAUUCUUCACUGAUUUGAGAAGUGAUCUUGGAUUACCUGACCUUUUGAUUAUCCAGGUGGCUCUAGCUUCAGGAGGAAAGCAUUACACAGAGAUAGUGAGAGAAGCACAGCUAAAUCCUGACCUUCCAAAUAUAGUAACAGUUGAUGCCAAGGGUUUGCAAUUGCAAAAAGACAAUUUACACCUUACUGCUUCUUCCCAAGUCCUCCUAGGCCAGAUGAUGGCUGAUGCUUUCCUUCAGACAAUUUCAACCACAUCCUCAUCUAUUAAUAGUCAAUAGUGUAAAGAGUAUUUCAAUUAUUUGAGAAAUAAAAGAAAAAAAGAGUUAAUUA